AUGUUCUCUGCCAUGCUGAUGGACGCCUACAGUGAUGAACGUCCUGGGAUCCGCAUCGCCUACAGGACAGACGGCCAUCUUCUGAAUCAACGGCGGAUGCACUUCCAAUCGCGCGUAUCCACAACCACCGUUCGCGAACUUCUCUUCGCCGAUGACUGCGCUCUGAACACCAUCUCGGAAGAGGAGAUGCAACGGAGCAUAGACCUCUUCUCUGUCGCCAGCGAGAACUUCGGUCUGGUCAUUAACACGCAGAAGACGGUGGUCAUGCAUCAACCGCCACCCAACACAGCUACUCCUCCCAACGCGCCGCAAAUCAGUGUGAACGGAACCCAACUGCAAGUGGUGGAGAACUUCCCGUACCUGGGCAGCACCCUCUCCCUUAACACCAAAAUCGAUGACGAAGUAGCUCACAGGAUCUCGAAAGCCAGUCAAGCCUUCGGUCGCCUCCAAAGCACAGUCUAG